AUUAGUUUGAGAAUACAGGGGAGAAGAUACCCAAUUUGUGGAAUUGGAAGCAACAGUGAACACAAAGCAAAAAAAUUGACUUUGCAAUUUCAAAGUGGAGACAAAGUUAGGGUUUUUUCUAUAUUCUUGAAGAGAAUUUACAGUCCAGUCAGUAAUUAUGCAAAUUUUGUGGAUAGUGGGCAUACUUUCAUACUCUGCUUGGUUCCUGGCAACACGCAAAGGUGCGAUGCGAAAUUAGCAUCCGUUAGAGUUCUUGCCUUCACUACUGCUAUUGUUGCUGUGCUGUUGCUGAAAAGAAAGACUAGAACAGUUUUGUCGUCGCCAGUUGUGAAAGUUUCUCUUGGUAGACCACCCACUCGCCAUGAGCUAUGGAAGAAGGCCCAUAUGAAAAUUGAAGAUGGAAAAGAAGUUUGGGUUGAGCCACGGGCAGAGGAUACCUAUAUACCGGUUUUCAGGAGCAUACACCUGUGCAGUAGGAUCACUUCAGUUAUCAGCUUAUUGAAUCGUUAUAAUCAAGCAAUGGAGGAUCUCAUUAGGAAUCAGCCGACAGAUGAUCAAGGCAAUCCAAUCACGCCAUCAGAGGAAAAAACUCUCUCUUGUUGGUUAGACGUGGUUGGUGGUGUAAAUAAGGGAAGAGCGUAUGGCCUUUGCUCCGAGAAGAACUUUCACCGCAUCCAGUGUGGAUUGCAAGGUAUAGGGAGUUCUGCCACUGUGUCAAAUGAGCAGCUCGAGGAGAUGCGAGACGAGCUUCGGGAACUUGCUAGGAAAUAUGAGGAGGAACAGAAUAAAAGAUUGAAGGAGGAGCGACGUAGGAUAGUGCUUGAGUCAGACGUCAAAGAACUCAAGGCCCAAGUGUGUAACCUCAUCAAGUUGCCCCGUUCUCCAUCCCCGAGCCCCGAUCAUGAUGAUGGAGAGGAUGAGGAGGAUCAGGAGCAUGGAGAUGAUGAGGAUCAGGAGAAUAGAGAGUAUGGAGAGACUAAAAUGGAGUAUUAGAGAUCUCUAGCACAUGUUUACAACAAUUUUUGGAAUCAGUUGGACAAUCCCAUAUAGCUUAAAAGGAGCAGUUGAAAGUUAGAGCUUAUGGAAAGUGAACAAAACCAUCAACAAGAUCUGGUAAAUGAUACCUGCAUGUGUUUUUUGGUGUUUAUGGACAGAGAAGGAACAACAAAUCUUUGAUGGGACUUCAACUCCUAAUUGUUCUCUAAAAUCAAAGUGUUUAGUUAACCUUUUUAGUUGGAGCAAUCUAUCCCCUGUGAAUGAUAUUAUCCCCCUUUUAGAUUUCAUUGGCUCCCACUCAGUGGCUUAGUAGCCUUGAGUCUUUUGCUCAUGGUUUUAAACUCCCAGCUCUUACUAGUUUUCUUUUGCAGUGUCUGGAGUUUUUAGCCUUUUCUUUAUAAAGUUUGCAUCUGCUUGAUGCUUUUGAAUAUGAAUAUAACAACUUAGUUCACCAAAAAAAAAAAUUGUUAUUUUUGUUCCAACUUAUGUUACUUUGGCUUGUUUGAAGUCUAGUGGGAUGCUUGUGAUAUAUGUUUGCAUAACGUCGAAGUUGGUUAGAUUCGUACAAUGUUUGUUGGCUUAAUUUUAA